AUGGAAAAUUUAUCAGUAGUGACAUCCUUCAGAUUGACAGCAUACACUGAACUUGAAGAUCACAGAUAUUUAUACUUUGUAUGUUUUCUUAUUUUGUACAUUCUGAUAUUAUUUAGCAGUUCUGUUCUCAUUGUAGUUAUAUUCACUGAGAAAGGACUCCAUGAACCUAUGUAUUUGUUUAUAUGUAACUUAGCAGCGAAUGGACUUUUUGGAAGCACAUCAUUAUUACCAUCGAUACUUGGCCAUUUGCUAUCUCAUAAUUAUGAAAUAUCUCUAACCUUUUGUCUAUUACAGAUAUAUUGUUUACUCUCAUAUGCUACAGUUGAAUUUACUAUUUUAGCAGUGAUGGCUUAUGACCGGUAUGUUGCCAUUUGUCACCCAUUACACUAUCAUCUCCUCAUGUCUCCUAAAAAAGUUUAUGCAGCUAUUUUAUUAUCCUGGGUUAUUCCUUGUUCUCAUAUUGUCAUGAUACUAUUUUCCUAUGCACAAAUACUCAGAAUCUGCCUGUUUGCUUCGAAGGAAUCUCAAAUCAAAGCUUUACAAACAUGCACCCCACACUUACUGUCUGUGAUGAUCUUUUCUGUGGGAUGCUUAUUUGAGAUCAUCCAAAGUCGCUUCAAUAUGAGUCAUGUAGUUUUUGAAGCUCGCAUGUUCCUGUCCAUUUACAUAUUUUUAUUUCCCCCGUUGCUGAAUCCUGUCAUUUAUGGGAUUCUUAUUCAAGCCAUUAAAUCUCAGAUUUUGAAAUUGUUUAGUCAUAAAAGAAUAAGUGAACCCCACACAAGAUUCUGA